AUGUCGAUCUGGUUUCUUCUAAUUGUUCUGAGAUGUGUAGGCGCCCGUCCGGCUGGAGAUCCCGCGGAACUCUUUUCAACAGCUUCUCCCAGUCUAAAUUCCCACGAUAAUCCACCACCAUAUCAUGCCAGUCCAGGAAACGCACCAAAGGCCAUUCGCCCGACGAAUGGUGCAGAGCUUGAUCAUGUGUAUUCGUCGCCCAAGACCACAAACAGUCCCGAAAACCGACAACUGGGUAGUCUGGAGCUUCUCAGAAAGCAGGACCCGGGAGAAAACACCUGUGGAUAUGUUAAUGGCAUUUUCACAUCGCUCCUCACGUGUUUUGAUCCAGAUUACGUUUGUGCCACCAACAGCUAUUACAGUAUACACGGCUGUUGCGACCCCAGCUCUCUUUCGGAUUGCAUGUUAGCAACUUCCUGCGUUCCCAAGGCUUCCGUGACGCUCUGCACGGAUAGCUGUACUCCUGAUCCAUACGUAGCAACAUGUACGGAUUCAGCCUUACCGAAUUGUUAUGAGUGGAUCUACGUGUACAACGCAGGGACAGAAAUGACCGAGCAUGGCUGUGCUGUAUCCGCCUUUACCAGCUCGGUUUCUCGAACCUAUAAUGGGGAAAGCAGCAUUUUGACGAAUGCCAGCGAGCCUGGAAUUAUCAUCACGCGGCGAACUUCAGUAGAAACCUCAUUACCACCAAGCACUGGGGGGGUCACAUUAACAGAGGCCACGAGUUCAGUAGUAGGGACUGCGAAUCCGAGCCCGACUGCAAAUCCAACUGGUAAUACGUUCCCGACAGAUUUUUCAAGGGGUGGUGUUGUUGGAGUAGUCGUCGGUUCAGUGAGCGUGCUUGCUCUUGUUAUUUGGUGGCGUUGGCCGAAAGCACUGAGCUGCGCAAAGAAGCGUCCAUCUGACACCGCUCCCGCUACCGAUGCGGAUGAGAAGAAAGUUGACGAGAUAACUCCAGUCUCACGGAAAGACAACCCUGAGAUUUCGACAAUCUCGUCGGCCCCGAAUAGGGCAAAUCUUGGUCGCGCUGCAACCCUUCCAGCCCGCAUCUGAACGUAUUAUCAAACACGUGAGAUGCUACAUUGAAUUACGAUACCCGACGAUUGUUCUCUAUACGUAACAGUCGCUUUAGUGCGAUAAGAUUCCGUCUUUGCAAAGACCGAUUAAGGUCAUCAGCUUUUUACGUCCCCUCGUCGCUAUUAACCGUCAUCGAGCAUAGUUCUCGGAACUCCAGACAGGAAGUACUAUUUUUGAAAAAGAAAAUCAAACUGUCUCCGAAGGUGACAUGGGCUCUUGAUUCUGGUCAUUGGGUGUAAUCUGAGAGACCAUGUGUCGCUCUUCAAGGGCCGGCUUGCUCUCGACAGAUGGCGCUAUAGUCUCCUCUUGCGAAUCAGAUGGUGGCUUGGGCGUCCCU